AUGUUUUCCAUAUUUUUAACACUAUUCGUUCCUUUUGGAGUUUUUGGCAACCCUGUCAGUCUUGAACAGCGAUCGCAUAGUGUUGUGGGCCAAGUUGGCUCCCCUGUUGUUAUUGACACAAAUGGAGUAUAUAUUCGAGUAAGCUCCACCAGCAAUGGAGGUUUGAUUGCAGGUUAUACUGCCCAUGAAAACAACCAGAGCAUUCUUCGCCUCGCUAACUCCAGCGAUCGUGGUGCCUCAUGGCAUUUUGUUGGCGAAGUCUAUCGCGCCGAUUCAUCCGCUCAUGACGUUGAUAAUGCUCUGCCCUUGCAACUCCCUAGUGGACGUAUUGUAUAUGCCUAUCGCAACCAUGAUCGAUCAGGAGACCUUUACACAUAUUACCGAAUUACUCUUUCAUACUCCGAUGAUGGCGGUGCUAGCUUUCUCUAUCUAUCGACUGUGGAGCAACAAGCAGCCACUCCAGGCAUCCCUAAUGGCCUUUGGGAACCUUUUCUCCGUCUUGCUGCAGAUGGGUCUCUACAAUGCUACUAUUCCGCUGAGAACAAUGCUGCGGAUCAAGACGGUUACAUGAAGCGUUCGACUGAUGGAGGUGUGACUUGGUCAAACUGGAUCAAGGUAUCCGGAGGUGACCGCACCUCACGCGACGGAAUGAUUGGUGUCACGAACAUUGAUAAUUCCGGUAAUUUAAUUGCUGUUUUUGAGAAUACGGAAUCAGGACCCUUUUCUAUCGACUACGUUCUAUCGCACGAUGAUGGCAACUCGUGGGGAGAGCGAGCGCGCCUGUAUACAGCGCACAAUGGAGCCAAUGCAGGAGCUCCUCAGGUUGUUAAUGUUGGUGGCACUCUUGUUACAAGCUUUAUGACAAACGAAGACGUGGCUGGUACCGGUGGCAAUGGUAUUGAUGGAGCCCAGAUGAAAGUUGUUACUAGUACAGACGGAGGUUCUACAUGGAGCGGAACUACUGUCACGGGUGAUGCACGCUCGCACUGGCCUGGGCUCUUUACCCUCGAUCAAAACCAUUUCCUUGCGCUGUAUACUAAAGAUGGCUUGGGAGCAGUCAGUCAGGAUUACCAAAUAGUCAAUUGA